AUGUCAGUUAACUACGCAGUUUUGCUCCUACUAGUUCUUUACUGUCUACUUUGUCGGGCCGAUGAAAUCGAAGGAACCAACUUAACAGUUUCUGUGGCUGAAGAUGCCAGGAUUGGGACAGACGUUGUCAGCUUGCCGCGAACGGAGAAAGCGGAACUUCCGUGUGCAAUAGUGGAGGGGGAUCCCUACGGCCGGUUCUAUGUGAGUAACAACUGCACAGUUAUAGUCGCCAGGCCGCUGGACUGGUCUGUACAGUCGGAGUAUCUUUUAAAAUUACUUGUUGGUGGACAAGAAGACCCUGAUCACCAUGUCGUCGGGAUCAGAGUAAAUGUGAGAAACGUUUUGGGCUAUCCUCCUGUGUACAACGAGACGUGUGAAACACCGGUCAAUCCCAGGGGAAACCAGACUGGGGAGUUCCUGUUUAGCAUUUCUUCACGUGUAGAAGCUGAGACAACUGAAGGAGACGUUCUUUUCAUUGAGAAAAAUAUUAGUAAGCCUUUUGAGAAAUGGGACAUGGACGAUCUUAAGGUAAUCAUCACAGGAAAUGACAACUGCGAAAUUCGCAUUGCUAUUGGCAUACAUAAUUUAAACGACCUCUCGGCUGCAGCAGAAAUAUGGGAGGCGUUUUACAGGGAGGAGGAUUGGACAGUUACGUUGCCAUGUCAUGCAGAAACUGCCAUGCAAUCAGAGCUGUUAAUCGUUCUAUAUGAUACACACGAACACGACUUGCCUUACUUAGAACAGCUAAAGGUCCCAAUCCCUCAUGUCCUGGAGAAACUUCAGUACACCCGUUUCAUCUACUUUAUUUCGUUUAAUGUUCCAUCAAAUAGCAAAACGCACUAUAGAUGCAAACUUCCGAUACUGUAUCGUCCACUCAGUUUUUUCAAACGUAUCAAAGAUAAAGAUCAUUCUGCUACUGGAAUGAAUGUACGACACGUCGAAACGUUUACUAUAGAUUUGAGCCCUAUCGGCUGUCCUCCCGAUAGAUACGGCCUUCUUUGUAAUCAAAACUGCAUCUGUAAGAACGGUGCCCGCUGCCAUGGCUUCAACGGUGCCUGUAAAUGUACAGACGCCUGGCAAGGUGUCGCUUGUGACAUUCCAAAGCCCGGCGUUUCCGCCAAGACGACACCAAGCGACCCUUCUGAUAUCUACAUUUCCGCUAACGUCACGGUUCACUGUAAAGUUCACCACGUCAACGCUACAGCGUUAUCAUUACGACUUCCAAACGGGUCUGAGAUCGUUAGAAAAAACGCUACUCGUUUAGACCAAACUCUUUUAAACAUACAGCCCAAAGACAAUGGUCCCUACAUGUGUCGGGUAUGGGACACCUAUGGAAAGGUCUUCAACGCAACCGUUGUACUUGACAUUGCUAAGUGUCCACCUAAUAGAAAAGGCGAGUUCUGUGAUAAGACGUGUGACUGUCUCCAUGGCGCCACCUGUGACUGGGCAUCUGGCUGCGUCUGUCCUCCGGGCUGGACAGGAACCAGGUGUCAGACCAAAUGUCCGAACGGCACGUACGGCGAGCGGUGCCGAGAGGAGUGUCGCUGCCGAAACGGUGCGAGCUGCAGUCCUAGCGGCGGUAAGUGUACCUGCGCGGCCGGCUGGUACGGCUUGCAGUGUGACGUACCGUGUCCUCAGUACAGGCACGGCCUGAGAUGUCAGCAGGUGUGCACCUGUAAGAACAACGCCACCUGUCACAACGUGGAUGGCAGUUGCACCUGCGUGGCACCAUGGACAGGGAAGAAUUGUGAGCAAGUCGUAGAGCAAGAGCAGGUAAUGCGACCGGAACCACUGCUCGAAAUCUUCGUCCCAAUAGGCUCCGUUGUCGCUCUGGCUGCUUGUGUAGGGACCAUACUGUACAAGAAGAGGCACAUGUGCGGCCAGGUGGAGGCAGACCUGGCACAGACUGUCCGGCCGGGCUGGCUCAGCCGAUGGGGUAAGUCCAGGCGGCACCUCACACUUGGUCCCCUGGUCGGGAUGGGGAUGUUUGGUCAAGUUAUUCAGGCCAACCUCAAGACACACGCUUGCGACAUCACCGUUGCUGCCAAGGAAGUUCGCAGACGAGACAUCCAAUGUUAUCGCAACUUCUACAGGGAGGCGGCCAUUUUGGUAGCCGUGCAUGAAGACCAACAUCACGACAACGUUCGCUCCAACAUCAUUCAAUUGUUGGGAUUCAUCAACGAGCCGACCCACAAUAUUCCCAUCGUCAACAACAAAAGCGGAUAUUCCAAAUUCAAAAAAGAGGAACUUCCGUGUGACACGCGCGCGGUCCUUGAUUCAGAUCAAAAAUGUGCUUCAAGAAACCUAACACCUGUUUCUAGUGUUAAGUUCUGCUUUGAUGACACCCGAUCUCAUUGGUAUACAAAGAAGAAUGGAGAAGUGCUGUUUCGUGGGAGCACAAGUUUCUUAAUAUCCAUUAUCCACAAAAGUGGCUACACCAUGGCAGUUAACUACGCAGUUUUGCUCCUUCUGGUUCUUUACAGUCUACUUUGUCGGGCCAAUGAAUCCGAAGGUACCAACUUCACAGUUUCUGUUCCUGAAGAUGCCAAGAUUGGAACAGACGUUGUCAGCUUGCCGCGAACGGAGAAAGCGGAACUUCCGUGUGUAAUGGUGGAGGGAGAUCCCUACGGCCGGUUCUAUGUGAGUAACAACUGUACAGUUACAGUCGCCAGGCCGCUGGACUGGUCUGUACAGUCGGAGUAUCGUUUAAAAUUACGUGUUGGUGGAAGUCAAGAAACUGAUUACUAUAUAGUCAGGAUCAGAGUAAAUGUGAGGAACGUUCUGGGCUAUCCUCCUGUGUACAACGAGACGUGUGAAACACCAGUCAAUCCCAGUGGGAACCGGACUGGGGAGUUCCUAUUUAGUGUUCUGCUAAAUGUACAAGCUGAGACAACUGCCGGAGGUGUUCUUUUCUUUCAGAAAAGAAUUAACAAUCCUCUUGAGAAACGGGAUAGGGAAGACCUCAAAGUAGUUAUCAGGGAAAAUAACUACUGCGAAGUUCAUAUUGUGACAGGAGUACAUCAUUUGCACGAUCUCUCUACUGCACUAGAAAUCUGGGAGACGGCGGCAAGGGAAGAUUUCCAUAAAGUAACGAUAUCAUGUCAUGCGGAGACUGCCUUACAGUCAGAACUGUCAAUCUCUCUUUUCGAUGUUCGCGAAUUGUACAUCCAUGACUUGCCUUACUUAGAUCAACUUCAGGUCGCGAUCCCUCAAGUCAUGGAGAGACUUCUGCACCCCCGUUUUGUUUACUACGUUUCGUUACAUUCUCCGGCAAAGACAAAAACGCACUAUAUAUGCAAACUUCCAAAACCCCGUCGCCCAACCAUUAUUUCCUUAAGUCAUCGAAAUCAAAUAAGGGUACGAUAUCCUCCAUUAGUAACUCUGGACUUUAUCCCAAUCGGCUGUCCUCCCGAUAGAUACGGUCUUCUUUGUGACCAGAACUGCAUCUGUAAGAACGGUGCCCGCUGCCAUGGCUUCAACGGUGCCUGUAAAUGUACAGACGCCUGGCAAGGUGUCGCUUGUGACAUUCCAAAGCCAGGCGUUUCCGCAGCGACGACACCUAGCGACCCUUCUGAUAUCUACAUUUCUGCUAACGUCACGGUUCACUGUAAAGUUCACCACGUCAACGCCACAGGGGUAUCAUUACGACUUCCAAACGGGUCUGACAUCGUUAGAAAGAACUCAUCUCGAUUAGACCAAAUUCUGUUGAACAUACAGCCUAAAGACAAUGGUCCCUACAUGUGUAAAGUAUGGGACACCUACGGAAAGGUCUUCAACGCAACCGUUGUACUUGACAUUGCUAAGUGUCCACAUAAUAGAAAAGGCGAGUUCUGUGAUGAAACGUGUGACUGUCUCCAUGGCGGCACCUGUGACUGGACAUCUGGCUGCGUCUGUCCCGCGGGCUGGAGAGGAACCAGGUGUCAGACCACAUGUCCAAACGGCACGUACGGCGAGCGGUGCCGAGAGAAGUGUCGCUGCCGAAACGGUGCGAGCUGUAGCCCUAGAGACGGCAGAUGUACCUGCGCGGCCGGCUGGUAUGGCUGGCAGUGUGACGUACCUUGUCCUCAGUACAGACACGGCCAGAGAUGUCAGCAGGUGUGCACCUGUAAGAAUAAUGCCACCUGUCACAACGUGGACGGCAGUUGCACCUGCGUGGCACCAUGGACAGGGAAGAAUUGUGAGCAAGUCGUAGAGCAAGAGCAGGUAAUGCGACCGGAACCACUGCUCGAAAUCUUUGUCCCAAUAGGCUCCGUUAUCGUUAUGGCUGCUUGUGUAGCGGCCAUACUGUACAAGAAGAGGCGCCUAUGCGGCGUUCAGGCCGGCCAAGACGACGAGACGGAAGCCUUUCUGGAGAUGGAGCAGGUGGAGGCAGACCUGGCACAGACCGUCCAGCCGGGCUGGCUCAGCCGAUGGGGUAAGACCAGGCGGCACCUGACACUUGGUCCCCUGGUCGGGAUGGGGAUGUUUGGUCAAGUCAUGGAGGCCAACCUCAAGACACACGCUUGCGACAUCACCGUUGCUGCCAAGGAAGUUCGCAGACGAGACAUCCAAUGUUAUCGCAACUUCUACAGAGAGGCGGCCAUUUUGGUAGCCGUGCAUGAAGACCAACAUCACGACAACCUCCGCUCCAACAUCAUUCAAUUGUUGGGAUUCAUCAACGAGCCGACCCACAAGUAUAUCCUCACGGAAUACGCUUCCAACGGGAACCUGUUACGUUUGCUGCGACAGGCACGAAGGCAAGACGAGCCGCAGUCUCUCCCACGUCAUCUCCGCUAUGCCGUGCACAUUGCCCGCGCUCUUCAGGAGCUCCAACGCCUGGCGCUCACACACCGGGACGUGGCCGCUCGGAACGUCCUCAUCACUGCUGACCACGUGGCCAAGUUGGCCGACUUUGGACAGGCCCGCGACGUCUACACCGCUGUCCAAUACGUGCCUAAUGAUAAACACGGCAUAGAACAGCCUGCUAAGCCUAAAGACAACGUAAAGAAUGAAGUAUUCCCCCUGAACUGGACGGCUCUGGAGUCAUUAGAGACAGGUGAGUACACCUGUCAGAGUGACGUGUGGUCCUUCGGCGUGCUGCUGUGGGAGAUCGUCACCAUGGGACAAGAACCGCGUUACCAUGGCAACGACCAACCCACCUGCCAACAGCUUGCACGGACCCUCCGGAGGGGAAUCCGGCUCAGAAGGCCUCCGGGAUGUUCCGGAGAGAUGUAUGACGUCAUGAUGUCGUGUUGGCGGGAAAAUCCACCAACAAGACCGGGUCCGGAUGUGGUCGAGAUGAAACUCGUACAACUGCGGAAUGCGAUGAUUACAGUAAGGGAAACGACUCCAUUAAUCCACAAAAGCGGCUACACCAUGGCAGUUAACUACGCAGUUUUGCUCCUACUGGUUCUUUACAGUCUACUUUGUCGGGCCGAUGAAUCCGAAGGUACCAACUUCACAGUUUCUGUGGCUGAAGAUGCCAAGAUUGGGACAGACGUUCUCAGCUUGCCGCGUUUGUUGGGAACGGAGAAAGCGGAACUUCCGUGUGCAAUGGUGGAGGGAGAUCCCUACGGCCGGUUCUAUGUGAGUAACAACUGUACAGUUAUAGUCGCCAGGCCGCUGGACUGGUCUGUACAGUCGGAGUAUAUUUUAAAAUUACUUGUUGGUGGACAAGAAGACCCUGAUCACCAUGUCGUCAGGAUCAGAGUAAAGGUGAGAAACGUUUUGGGCUAUCCUCCUGUGUACAACGAGACGUGUGAAACACCGGUCAAUCCCAGGGGAAACCAGACUGGGGAGUUCCUGUUUAGCCUUUCUCCGAGUGUAGAAGCUGAGACAACUGAAGGAGACGUUCUUUUCUUUCAGAAAAGUAUUAGUAAGCCUAUAGAGAAAUGGGACAUGGACGAUCUUAAGAUAAUCAUCACAGGAACUGACAACUGCGAAGUUCGCAUUGCUGCUGGCAUACGUCAUUUGAACGACCUCUCGGCUGCAGCAGAAAUAUGGCAGUCGUUUUACAGGGGGGAGGAUGGGACAGUUACGUUAUCAUGUCAUGCGGAGACUGCCUUCAUACAGUCAGAACUGUCAAUCAUGCUUUUAGAUAUUCGAGAAUUCUACCUCCAUGGCGACUUGCCUUACUUGGAACAGCUGGAGAUCGCGGUCCCUCAAGUCCUGGAGAAACUUCAGCACUCCCUUUUCAUCUACUUUCUGUCGUUUAAUGUUUCGACAAAUAGCAGAAUGCACUAUAGAUGCAAACUUCCGAUACAGCAUCGUCCACUCAGUUUUUUCAAAGAUAAAGAUCAUUCUGUUACUCGACUAAAUGUACGACACGUUGAAACGUUGACUAUGGAUUUGAGCCCUAUCGGCUGUGCUCCCGAUAGAUACGGCCUUCUUUGUGACCAAAACUGCAUCUGUAAGAACGGUGCCCGCUGCCAUGGCUUCAACGGUGCCUGUAAAUGUACAGACGCCUGGCAAGGUGUCGCUUGUGACAUUCCAAAGCCCGGCGUUUCUGCAGCGACGACACCAAGCGACCCUUCUGAUAUCUACAUUUCCGCUAACGUCACAGUUCACUGUAAAGUUCACCACGUCAACGCUACAGCGUUAUCAUUACGACUACCAAACGGGUCUGAGAUCGUUAGGAAGAACUCAUCUCGAUUAGAACAAACUCUGUUAAACAUACAGCCCAAAGACGAUGGUCCCUACAUGUGUCAGGUAUGGGACACUAAUGGAAGGGUCUUCAAUGCAACCGUUGUACUUGACAUUGCUAAGUGUCCACCAAAUCGAAAAGGCGAGUUCUGUGGUGAGACGUGUGACUGUUUCCAUGGCGCCAGCUGUGACUGGAGAUCUGGCUGCGUCUGUCCCGCGGGAUGGACAGGAACCAGGUGCCAGACGACAUGUCCGAACGGCACGUACGGCCAGCGGUGCCGAGAGAAGUGUCGCUGCCGAAACGGCGCGAGCUGCCGCCCUAGCGACGGUAAGUGUACCUGCGCGGCUGGCUGGUACGGCUGGCAGUGUGACGUACCUUGUCCUAAGUACAGGCACGGUCUGAGGUGUCAGCAGGUGUGCACCUGUAAGAACAACGCCACCUGUCACAACGUGGACGGCAGUUGCACCUGCGUGGCGCCGUGGACGGGGAAGGACUGUGACCAAGUCGAAGAGCAAGAACAGGCAAUGCGACCGGAACAACUGCUCGAAAUCUUUGUCCCAAUAGGAUCCUUUAUCGUUCUAGCUGCUUGUGUAGGGAUCAUACUGUACAUGAAAAGGCACCUGCGUGGCGUUCAGCCCGGCCAAGACGACGAGACCGAAGCUUUUCUGGAGCUGGAGCAGGUGGAGGCAGACCUGGCACAGACCGUCCAGCCGGGCUGGCUCAGCCGAUGGGGUAAGACCAGGCGGCACCUGACACUUGGUCCCCUGGUCGGGAUGGGGAUGUUUGGUCAAGUCAUUCAGGCCAACCUCAAGACACACGCUUGCGACAUCACCGUUGCUGCCAAGGAAGUUCGCAGACGAGACAUCCAAUGUUAUCGCAACUUCUACAGGGAGGCGGCCAUUUUGGUAGCCGUGCAUGAAGACCAACAUCACGACAACCUCCGCUCCAACAUCAUUCAAUUGUUGGGAUUCAUCAACGAGUCGACCCACAAGUAUAUCCUCAUGGAAUACGCUUCCAACGGUAACCUGUUACGUUUGCUUCGGCAGGCACGAAGGCAAGACGGGCGGCAGUCUCUCCCACGUCAUCUCCGCUAUGCCGUGCACAUUGCCCGCGCUCUUCAGGAGCUCCAACGCCUGGCGCUCACACACCGGGACGUGGCCGCUCGGAAUGUCCUCAUCACUGCUGACCACGUGGCCAAGUUGGCCGACUUUGGACAGGCCCGCGACGUCUACACCGCUGUCCAAUACGUGCCUAAUGAUAAACACGGCAUAGAACAGCCUGCUAAGCCUAAAGACAAGGUAAAGAAUGAAGUAUUCCCCCUGAACUGGACGGCUCUGGAGUCAUUAGAGACAGGUGAGUACACCUGUCAGAGUGACGUGUGGUCCUUCGGCGUGCUGCUGUGGGAGAUCGUCACCAUGGGACAAGAACCGCGUUACCAUGGCAACGGCCAACCCACCUGCCAACAGCUCGUACGAACCCUCCGGAGGGGAAUCCGGCUGAGAAGGCCUCCGGGAUCUUCCGAAGAGAUGUAUGACGUCAUGAUGUUGUGUUGGCAGGAAAUGCCGUCAGAAAGACCGGAUCCGGAUGAAGUAGAGAUGAAACUCGUACAACUGCGGAAUGCGAUGAUUACAAGUGAUGGAGAAGUGCUAUUUCGUUGGAGCACAAGUUUCCUACUAUUCGCUAACUACAAUAGCGGCUACAUGUACACCAUGGCAGUUAAUUACGCAGUUUUGCUCCUACUAGUUCUUUACGGUCUACUUUGUCGGGCCGAUGAUGAAGGAACCAACUUCACAGUUUCUGUGGCUGAAGAUGCCAAGAUUGGAACAGACGUUCUCAGCUUGCCGCGUUUGUUGGGAACAGAGAAAGCGGAACUUCCGUGUGUAAUGGUGGAGGGGGAUCCCUAUGGCCGAUUCUAUGUGAGUAACAACUGUACAAUUUUGGUCGCCAGGCCGCUGGACUGGUCUGUACAGUCGGAGUAUCUUUUAAAACUAAUUGUUGGUGGGCAAGAAGACACCGACAACCAUGUCGUCAGGAUCAGAGUAAAUGUGAGAAACGUUUUGGGCUAUCCUCCUGUGUACAACGAGACGUGUGGAACACCAGUCAAUCCCAGGGGAAACCAGACUGGGGAAUUCCUAUUUAGUUUUUCGCUAAGUAUAGAAGCUGAGACAACUGACGGAGAUGUUAUUUUCUUUGAGACAGGAAUUAGAAAGCCUCUUGAGAGAUGGGGGGACAUGGAAAAUGCCAGGGCAAUCAUAACAGAAGAGAGCAACUGCGAAGUUCGUCUAGCGAUUGGGUUACAUAGUUUCAACGACAUCGCAAAUGCACUAGAAAUAUGGGACGUGCUGGAAAGGGACGACGAUUGGAAAGUUACGUCUUGUCAGGCGGAGACUGCCUUACAGCCAGAGCUGUCAGUUGUGCUUUUAGACAACAGAAACUGGCCUUAUUUACAACAGCUUCAGGUUUCGAUCCCUCAAGCCAUGGAAAAACUUCAACAUCCUCGUUUGGUCUUCUAUCUUUCAUUUGAUUUUCCAACAAAGAGCAAAACGCUCUAUAGAUGUACAUUUCCGAUACUGCGUUACCCACUCAGUAUUAAGAUAAAUCGUGGUCGUCAAGAAAAAUUAAGUAUACGACAUGUUCAAACAAUGACUAUGGAUGUUAACCUGAUCGGCUGUCCUCCCGAUAGAUACGGCCUUCUUUGUGACCAGAACUGCAUCUGUAAGAAUGGUGCCCGCUGCCAUGGCUUCAACGGGGCCUGUAAAUGUACAGACGCCUGGCAAGGUGUCGCUUGUGACAUUCCAAAGCCCGGCGUUUCCGCAGCGACGACACCUAGCGACCCUUCUGAUGUCUACAUUUCCGCUAACGUCACGGUUCACUGUCAAGUUCACCACGUCAACGCCGCAGCGUUAUCAUUACGACUUCCAAACGGGUCUGAGAUCGUUAGAAAGAACUCAUCUCGAUUAGACCAAACUCUUUUAAACAUACAGCCCACAGACAAUGGUCCAUACAAAUGUCAGGUAUGGGAUGUCUAUGGAAAGGUCUUCAACGCAACCAUUGUACUUGACAUUGCUAAGUGUCCACCUAAUCGAAAAGGCGAGUUCUGUGAUGAGACGUGUGCCUGUCUCCAUGGCGCCACCUGUGACUGGACAUCUGGCUGCGUCUGUCCUCCGGGCUGGACAGGAACCAGGUGUCAGACCACAUGUCCGAACGGCACGUACGGCGAGCGGUGCCGAGAGGAGUGUCACUGCCGAAACGGUGCGAGCUGCAGCCCUACAGACGGCAAGUGUACCUGCGCGGCCGGCUGGUACGGCUUGCAGUGUGACGUACCUUGUCCCAAGUACAGGCACGGCCUGAGAUGUCAGCAAGUGUGCACCUGUAAGAACAACGCCGCCUGUCACAACGUGGACGGCACCUGCACCUGCGUGGCGCCGUGGACAGGGAAGAACUGUGAUCAAGUCGAACAGCAGGCAAUGCGACCGGAACCACUGCUUGAAAGCUUUGUCCCAAUAGGCUCCGUUAUCGUUCUGGCUGCUUGUGCAGGGGCCAUACUGUACAAGAAGAGGAACUUGUGCGGCGUUCAGGCCGGCCAGGACGACGAGAUCGAAGCUUUUCUGGAGCUGGAGCAGGUGGAGGCAGACCUGGCACAGACCGUCCGGCCGGGCUGGCUCAGCCGAUGGGGUAAGACCAGGCAGCACCUCACACUUGGUCCCCUGGUCGGGGUGGGGAUGUUUGGUCAAGUCAUUCAGGCCAAGCUCAAGACACCUGCCGGGGACAUCACCGUUGCUGCCAAGGAAGUUCGCAGACGAGACAUUCAAUGCUAUCGCAACUUCUACAGGGAGGCGGCCAUUUUGGUAGCCGUGCAUGAAGACCAACAUCACGACAACCUCCGCUCCAACAUCAUUCAAUUGUUGGGAUUCAUCAACGAGUCGACCCACAAGUAUAUUCUCACGGAAUACGCUUCCAACGGGAACCUUUUACGUUUGCUGCGAUAGGCACGAAGGCAAGACGGGCGGCAGUCUCUCCCACGUCAUCUCCGCUAUGCCGUGCACAUUGCCCGCGCUCUUCAGGAGCUCCAACGCCUGGCGCUCACACACCGGGACGUGGCCGCUCGGAACGUCCUCAUCACUGCUGACCACGUGGCCAAGUUGGCCGACUUUGGACAGGCCCGCGACGUCUACACCGCUGUCCAAUACGUGCCUAAUGAUAAACACGGCAUAGAACAGCCUGCUAAGCCUAAAGACAACGUAAAGAAUGAAGUAUUCCCCCUGAACUGGACGGCUCUGGAGUCAUUAGAGACAGGUGAGUACACCUGUCAGAGUGACGUGUGGUCCUUCGGCGUGCUGCUGUGGGAGAUUGUCACCAUGGGACAAGAACCGCGUUACCAUGGCAACGACCAACCCACCUGCCAACAGCUCGCACGGACCCUCCGGAGGGGAAUCCGGCUCAGAAGGCCUCCGGGAUGUUCCGGAGAGAUGUAUGACGUCAUGAUGUCGUGUUGGCGGGAAAGUCCACCAACAAGACCGGGUCCGGAUGAAGUAGAGAGGAAACUCGUGCAACUGCGGGAUGCGAUGAUUACACCCACAGACAAUGGUCCCUACAUGUGUAAAGUAUGGGACACCUACGGAAAGGUCUUCAACGCAACCGUUGUACUUGACAUGGCUAAGUGUCCACCUAAUAGAAAAGGCGAGUUCUGUGAUGAGACGUGUGACUGUCUCCGUGGCGCCACCUGUGACUGGAGAUCUGGCUGCGUCUGUCCCGCGGGCUGGACAGGAACCAGGUGUCAGACCACAUGUCCGAACGGCACGUACGGCGAGCGGUGCCGAGAGGAGUGUCGCUGCCGAAACGGUGCUAGCUGCAGCCCUAGCGACGGCAGGUGUACCUGCGCGGCUGGCUGGUACGGCUGGCAGUGCGACGUACCUUGUCCUCAGUCCAGGCACGGCCUGAGGUGUCAGCAAGUGUGCACCUGUAAGAACAACGCCACCUGUCACAACGUGGACGGCACCUGCACGUGCGUGGCGUCGUGGACAGGGAAGAAUUGUGACCAAGUCGAAGAGCAAGAGCAGCCAAUGCGACCGGAACCACUGCUUGAAAUAUUUGUCCCAAUCGGCUCCGUUAUCAUUUUGGCUGCUUGUGUAGGGGCCAUACUGUACAGGAAGAGGCACCUGUGCGGCGUUCAGGCCGGCCAAGACGACGAGACGGAAGCUUUUCUGGAGCUGGAGCAGGUGGAGGCAGACCUGGCACAGACCGUCCGGCCGGGCUGGCUCAGCCGAUGGGGUAAGACCAGGCGGCACCUCACACUUGGUCCCCUGGUCGGGAUGGGGAUGUUUGGUCAAGUCAUUCAGGCCAAGCUCAAGACACCUGCCGGGAACAUCACCGUUGCUGCCAAGGCGGUUCGCAGACGGGACAUUCAAUGUUAUCGCAACUUCUACAGAGAGGCGGCCAUUUUGGUAGCCGUGCAUGAAGACCAACAUCACGACAACCUCCGCUCCAACAUCAUUCAAUUGUUGGGAUUCAUCAACGAGCCGACCCACAAGUAUAUCCUCAUGGAAUACGCUUCCAACGGUAACCUUUUACGUUUGCUGCGGCAGGCACGAAGGCAAGUCGGGCCGCAGUCUCUCCCACGUCAUCUCCGCUAUGCCGUGCACAUUGCCCGCGCUCUUCAGGAGCUCCAACGCCUGGCGCUCACACACCGGGACGUGGCCGCUCGGAACGUCCUCAUCACUGCUCACCACGUGGCCAAGUUGGCCGACUUUGGACAGGCUCGUGACGUCUACACCGCUGUCCAAUACGUGCCUAAUGAUAAACACGGCAUAGAACAGCCUGCUAAGCCUAAAGACAACGUAAAGAAUGAAGUAUUCCCCCUGAACUGGACGGCUCUGGAGUCAUUAGAGACGGAGAAGGAUGGAGAAGUGCUAUUUCGUGGGAUCACACGUUUCCAAAUAUUCGCUGACUACAAUAGCGGCUACACCAUGGCAGUUAACUACGCAGUUUUGCUCCUACUGGUUCUUUACCGUCUACUUUGUCGGGCCGAUGAAGGUACAAACUUUACAGUUUCUGUGGCUGAAGAUGCCAAGAUUGGAACAGCCGUUGUCAGCUUGUCGCGUUUGUUGGGAAUGGAGAAAACGGAACUUCCGUGUGUAAUGGUGGAGGGGGAUCCCUACGACCGGUUCUAUGUGAGUAACAACUGUACAGUUUUGGUCGCCAGGCCGCUGGACUGGUCUGUACAGUCGGAGUAUCUUUUAAAAGUACGUGUUGGUGGAAGUCAAGACUCUGAUCACCAUGUCGUCAGGAUCAGAGUAAAUGUGAGGAACGUUUUGGGCUAUCCUCCUGUGUACAACGAGACGUGUGAAACACCAGUCAAUCCCAGCGGGAACCGGACUGGGGAGUUCCUAUUUAGUGUUCUGCUAAAUGUACAAGCUGAGACAACUGCCGGAGGUGUUCUUUUCUUUCAGAAAAGAAUUAGCAAUCCUCUUGAGAAACGGGAUAGGGAAGACCUCAAAGUAGUUAUCAGGGAAAAUAACUACUGCGAAGUUCAUAUUGUGACAGGAGUACAUCAUUUGCACGAUCUCUCUACUGCACUAGAAAUCUGGGAGACGGCGGCAAGGGAAGAUUUCCAUAAAGUAACGAUAUCAUGUCAUGCGGAGACUGCCUUACAGUCAGAACUGUCAAUCUCUCUUUUCGAUGUUCGCGAAUUGUACAUCCAUGACUUGCCUUACUUAGAUCAACUUCAGGUCGCGAUCCCUCAAGUCAUGGAGAGACCUGCACCCCGUUUUGUUUACUACGUUUCGUUUCAUUCUCCGGCAAAGACAAGAACGCACUAUAUAUGCAAACUUCCAAAGCCCCGUCGCCCAACCAUUAUUUCCUUAAGUCAUCGAAAUCAAAUAAGGGUACGAUAUCCUCCAUUAGUAACUCUGGACUUUAUCCCAAUCGGUUGUCCUCCCGAUAGAUAUGGUCCUUGUGAUCAGACCUGCAUCUGUAAGAACGGUGCCCGCUGCCAUGGCUUCAACGGUGCCUGUAAAUGUACAGACGCCUGGCAAGGUGUCGCUUGUGACAUUCCAAAGCCCGGCGUUUCCGCCACGACGACACCUAGCGACCCUUCUGAUAUCUACAUUUCCGCUAACGUCACGGUUCACUGUAAAUUUCACCACAUCAACGCUACAGCGAUAUCAUUACGACUUCCAAACGGGUCUGAGAUCGUUAGAAAAAACGGUACUCGUUUAGACCAAACUCUUUUAAACAUACAGCCCAAAGACAAUGGUCCCUACAUGUGUCGGGUAUGGGACACCCAUGGAAAGGUCUUCAACGCAACCGUUGUACUUGACAUUGCUAAGUGUCCACCUAAUCGAAAAGGCGAGUUCUGUGAUGAGACGUGUGACUGUCUCCAUGGCGCCACCUGUGACUGGAGAUCUGGCUGCGUCUGUCCUCCGGGCUGGACAGGAACCAGGUGUCAGACCACAUGUCCGAAUGGCACGUACGGCGAGCGGUGCCGAGAGAAGUGUCGAUGCCGAAACAGUGCGAGCUGCAGCCCUGGCGACGGCAGGUGUACCUGCGCGGCUGGCUGGUACGGCUGGCAGUGUGACGUACCUUGUCCUAAGUACAGGCACGGUCUGAGGUGUCAGCAGGUGUGCACCUGUAAGAACAACGCCACCUGUCACAACGUGGACGGCAGUUGCACCUGCGUGGCGCCGUGGACGGGGAAGGACUGUGACCAAGUCGAAGAGCAAGAACAGGCAAUGCGACCGGAACAACUGCUCGAAAUCUUUGUCCCAAUAGGAUCCUUUAUCGUUCUAGCUGCUUGUGUAGGGAUCAUACUGUACAUGAAAAGGCACCUGCGUGGCGUUCAGCCCGGCCAAGACGACGAGACCGAAGCUUUUCUGGAGCUGGAGCAGGUGGAGGCAGACCUGGCACAGACCGUCCAGCCGGGCUGGCUCAGCCGAUGGGGUAAGACCAGGCGGCACCUGACACUUGGUCCCCUGGUCGGGAUGGGGAUGUUUGGUCAAGUCAUUCAGGCCAACCUCAAGACACACGCUUGCGACAUCACCGUUGCUGCCAAGGAAGUUCGCAGACGAGACAUCCAAUGUUAUCGCAACUUCUACAGGGAGGCGGCCAUUUUGGUAGCCGUGCAUGAAGACCAACAUCACGACAACCUCCGCUCCAACAUCAUUCAAUUGUUGGGAUUCAUCAACGAGCCGACCCACAAGUAUAUCCUCACGGAAUACGCUUCCAACGGUAACCUGUUACGUUUGCUGCGGCAGGCACGAAGGCAAGUCGGGCGGCAGUCUCUCCCACGUCAUCUCCGCUAUGCCGUGCACAUUGCCCGCGCUCUUCAGGAGCUCCAACGCCUGGCGCUCACACACCGGGACGUGGCCGCUCGGAACGUCCUCAUCACUGCUGACCACGUGGCCAAGUUGGCCGACUUUGGACAGGCCCGCGACGUCUACACCGCUGUCCAAUACGUGCCUAAUGAUAAACACGGCAUAGAACAGCCUGCUAAGCCUAAAGACAACGUAAAGAAUGAAGUAUUCCCCCUGAACUGGACGGCUCUGGAGUCAUUAGAGACAGGUGAGUACACCUGUCAGAGUGACGUGUGGUCCUUCGGCGUGCUGCUGUGGGAGAUCGUCACCAUGGGACAAGAACCGCGUUACCAUGGCAACGGCCAACCCACCUGCCAACAGCUCGCACGAACCCUCCGGAGGGGAAUCCGGCUGAGAAGGCCUCCGGGAUCUUCCGGAGAGAUGUAUGACGUCAUGAUGUCGUGUUGGCAGGAAAUGCCGUCAGAAAGACCGGAUCCGGAUGAAGUAGAGAUGAAACUCGUACAACUGCGAAAUGCGAUGAUUACAGUAAGGGAAACGACUGUCUGA